UUUACGGUGGGAGAGAAACGACGACGAGAGUACUUUACUUCCUCUCUCCCAUAUGGGUCAUUGAAAUUCAAAUACACGCAACGCAAGCAUCAGAGAAGAAGACUAAUUCGCGACUUCGAUAAUGAGGCCAAACAUUGUUACCGAGGCUGGGGUUCAGACUAGAUUUAAUCAAUGGUGGAAUGCCAUACCGUUUCUCACGUCCUCGGUGGUGGUAGUUUGUGGGAUCAUUUACCUGAUUUGCCUCUUAACUGGAUAUGACUCUUUCUAUGAAGUAUGCUUCUUACCCUCUGCGAUUAUCUCACGGUUCCAAGUUUAUAGGUUCUAUACAGCCAUUAUUUUCCAUGGAUCACUGCUUCAUGUCCUGUUCAACAUGAUGGCAUUGGUUCCUAUGGGCUCCGAGCUUGAGAGAAUCAUGGGAUCAGUCCGUUUGCUCUACCUGACAUUUUUGCUGGCAACGACCAAUGCUAUAUUGCAUCUUCUUAUAGCAUCCUUAGCAGGAUAUAAUCCCUUCUAUCAGUAUGAUCAUCUUAUGAAUGAAUGCGCUAUUGGAUUUUCUGGAAUCUUGUUUUCUAUGAUUGUUAUAGAGACAAGCCUCAGUGGAGUUACCUCUAGGAGUGUGUUUGGUCUCUUCAACGUGCCAGCUAAACUGUAUCCGUGGAUCUUAUUAGUAGUAUUCCAGCUUCUCAUGACAAAUGUUUCACUGCUUGGGCACUUAUGCGGCAUCCUGUCUGGAUUUUCAUAUUCAUAUGGCCUCUUCAAUUUCUUGAUGCCUGGAUCUUCAUUUUUUACCACCAUUGAGUCAGCCUCCUGGAUGUCUAGCUUUAUAAGGCGGCCCAAGUUCAUCAUGUGUACUGGUGGGAAUCCUUCCAACUACAUUCCCACUUACUCUGUACAAAACACAACAUCCAGUGGCUUCUCUACAGGAAAUGCUUGGAGAUCCUUGUCUUCAUGGUUGCCACAGAGGGAAGCAUCGAAUCAGUCUUCUGAGGACAGUAGAUUUCCGGGAAGAGGUAGAACUCUUAGCACUGCCCGUGAUCCAACUGCUCCAACUGGAGAAACAGACCCAAACCUUCACGCUAGACUGCUGGAAGAUAGCAGCUCCCCAGACCGCCUUUCUGAUGCAACUAUCACCACCACGGCAGAGCCAAGACAGGUGCCAAUAGCUAAUACAGCAGUCCUGCCCCAAUCCCAGGCACAGGGACGUGUUGCUGCUCCAGAAGAACAAAUCCAGAAACUCGUCGCCAUGGGCUUCGAUAGGACACAAGUGGAAGUGGCGCUUGCUGCUGCCGACGAUGAUCUCACUGUAGCAGUGGAGAUCCUAAUGAGCCAACAGGCUUAACAAAACCAACGUGCAAAGUAGUAGACCUGCGUGUAUUGUAAACUUUUGCUUCUCAGUCCGUCUUUUACUUGCAUUUAGAAACUGUAUAGCGUCUGUUUUCGUCUAUUUAAGGAGGUUGCUUCUUUAACCAGACGAUUAAACUGGUUAGCCGGUUUAGAAUCUAUACACACAGAGAGUUGGUUUAUUUCUUUCUUUUUUUGUUGCAAAUUUCUUACCUAUUUUCAGAAAACGUUUCCAAGAACCAAA